GCCCCAAAGGGCGGACAUGAAUUACUUGCUCCCUAAGUCUCUCUGCGAUUAAGCCCCUCCUCCGUCAUCCUCCGAUCAACGAUAAUCUCACCUGUUCGAUGGUUUGCCGAGGAGAGAUCAGGCCGUCGGUCUAGAAAGAAUUUUUUAUUUUUUAUUUGGAAUUAAUUCUACUAAUCAAGUUAUGGACACCCAAACUGGAAAUUCUUCAGAAAUAAAUCAAUCAGGGAAAUCAGUUGGAAUUCAGAUUAAUGAUUCUACGUCGUUGAUCAAGAAGAAUGGAAAUGGUAGAAGCACUGCUUCUAGGCAAAGCAAGCAAAAAGAAAGCUCCCAACUUUACGAAGGGUUUGCAACCAUGGUGAGAAAGAGUGGAACUAAUGGAGUUCCGGCUUCUGGACAGAACGAGGGGCAAAAGGAGAGUAUCCCAAUUUCUAAAGAUCUUGAGGUCAAGAAGAAUGGAAGUGAUAGAAUUCAGGCUUAUAGGCAGAUAAGGGUGAAAAAGGAAAGUACUGAAACUUCUAGAGAACCUGAAGCCAGUAAGAAUGUAACUUAUGAAGUUUCAGCUUCAGGGCAGGAUGAGCAGAACCGGGAAAAUACUGAAAAUUCUAAAGACCCUGAAGUCAAGAAGAGUGGAACGGAUAGAAUUCUAGCUUACGGGUUAAGAAAUAGGCAGAAAAAGGAAACUACUGAACCUUCUAGAGAUCCUGAAGUCAAGAAGUGUAGAACUGAUGGUGUUUCAGUGUCCGGACAGAAUAAGGGGAAAAUGAGAAGUCCUAAACCUUUUAAAGGUAAUCCUGAAGCCAAGAAGAGUAGAACUGAUGGUGUUUCAACUUCACGACGGAACAAUGGGAAAAUGGAAAGUACCGAACCUUCUAAAGAUAAUCCUGAAGCCAUGAAGAUUGGAACUAGUAGGAUUCUAGCUUCCAGGCAGAAACAGGAAAGUGCUGGACCUUCUAAAUAUCCAGAGGCCAGGAAGAGUGGAACUAAUAGAAUUCCAGUAUCAAGGCAGACAAAGUUGAGAAAAGAAUGUCCCCACCAACCUCCAGAAGAUAAUAGGAAGAAUGGGAUUAAUAGAAUUCCAGCUUCUGGGCAAACUAGGCAGGAAAGGGAGCCUGCUAAACUUCCUGAAGUCAAGAUGAGUGGAGCUAGUAGGAAUUUGUCUGUGGCACGGAAUCCUGUAGUCAAGACGAGUGGAACUAGAAGAAAUUUGACUGUGGCUCAAACCAAGGGGAAAAGGGUAAGUACAGGCGUCCAGUCCUACCUUCCUACACAUCCCAAGAAGAAGAGAGGCAGCAAGGCUGUGCAGAGAGAGGAAACAAGGCGAUCUCCCGACAGCCCUUCCCAGGAACAUCAUAUAACAUGGGAUGGUUUUGAUAAGGUCACUAGCCAGCUGCUGGGACAGAGGUGUCUGAAAUGUAACGGUGAUCUUGGAAUUGAUCCAGAAACAGACCCAGAGUCCGAGUUUGUUAAUCCUUCAGAGGUUGCUGUUCUUUCAUGCGGUCAUUUCUUCCACAGCAUCUGCUUACAGCUUGCAACAUCUGAAGAAGAGUCAAGAGAUCCUCCAUGCAUCUUAUGUCGAUAACUCUGUCUCCUUUAUUGUUUUUCCUCUGUUCUGUAGGUUUGAAUAGAGUUGAAUCCCGCAAGGAUUUUGUUUAGAAAUAUCAGGUUAGAGUUUAGGAAUGUCUGAAGCUUUUACAACGGUUGAAUUGUUUAGAAUCCCUGAGAAAUUUCAUUUUUCCUUGGCAAAUCCUGUGCCUUGCAGGCUUGAAUAGAUUACAAGAACAAAUGGAUGGUUUAGACAUAAUUAAUUGGAGAGCACCUU